UCAUAACUUAUCUCCAAGGCGUUCCUCGACGGUUGUUAGUCGAACACAUUCGGCUGUAAUCUUUAUCAAGAUGGUUUCGAAGCCAAACUCCUCUGGUCAUUUCUAGAGGAYAGAUUCAUUCGAAUGAUCAGUUACAGCUUCGUUAUAGUUUUCAUUGUUGGUAUCCAGUUGAGAUGGACACAGGCACAAGCUUGUCUGCUUCAGUCUCCAUGUAUUCUGAAUAACACACAAGGCAAUAUCACAAGUCCAGAUUAUCCUAASAACCAUCCUAGUAAUGUGAAGCUUGCUUGGCUGAUUUAUGUUCCACAGGGACAGUCUGUGAGAUUAGUAUUUGAAGAUUUUAACCUUGAAAAACACAAAUUGUGUGAAUAUGAUUAUGUGGCAGUGUAUGAUGGGAAUACCACAGGAAGCCCUACCAUUGGGAAGUAUUGUGGUCCGACUAAACCACCUGACCAGAUCUCUACUGGGGAACAAUUGUUGAUUGCUUUUAUAUCUGAUCAUACAACAGAAAAAUCAGGAUUCAUUAUAAGCUAUGAAGCUGUCAAACGAGUUGACAGCUGCUCUGGUGAUCACUCCAUUAUUGAAAAUAAUCGUAAUAUUAUAUUAAACAAGUCUCCAGGAACUCUUCAWACACAAUUCAGUAAUAAUGUAACAAGCGUCAAUUGUGUGUGGAGGAUAAGAGCACCCAAAGGMCAUGGAAUAAGACUGACAUUUAUAUCCAUGAAUAUUUUAUCRAAUAUAACAUGCUCACUUAGCAGUGUUUCAUUAUACAGUGGUUAUGACAUUCAAGAAAAACAUUUAAUGCAAAGAUUCUGUGGAGAGAAUUUUAGAGUUAGUUUUCCAAUUGUAAAAUAUAAUACUGAAAGAAAUCUGAUCAUUGAACUCAAAGCUGAGCAGAUAUCUUCAUGGAAUUCUAAGUCAUUUGUGGCAUCUUAUGAAUUCAUAGAAAAAGAGCUUUCAAAGUGUUCCUCGCUGAAUAGUAUCAACGAAAACGACAAUAUAAAACUCCAUGGGUAUCRAGGGAACUUCACUGUGGAUAAAACAUGGGCAAACAUGAAAUGCCAGUGGAAGAUAUAYGCUCCUACGAAAUACCAGAUUAGAYUGAGAUUCACAGACUUUAUAUUAGAGAAUGACUGUAAUAAGGUCUAUGUGCAGGUCUUUGAUGGCGAGCGUAUCAACAGAGGGAAGUUUUGCGGUCCAGAAAUUCCAUGGGUGAUUUAUUCCACCGCUGGACUUGUUAUGGUGAAGUUGUUCGUUUCUGGGASGAGUAAAGCGUUAAACAUUACUGGUUCAUAUGAAGCUGUUAAAAUAGCUAAAGAUACAUGCUCAACUAUAAACUCUGAAAGCAUAAACACCAAUAUUCAAUUGAGUGGUCUAAGUGGUCUUAUAAUGACRCCUAACUACCCGUCUAACUAUCCAUCAAACUUCAAAUGUAUAUGGGUKAUCAGCGUGCCAAAGAAAUUUCGAAUAAAACUGCAUUUUAAAGACUUUAAAUUUGAAGGCCAUGAAUGUCGMUAUGACUACGUKGARGUCCGAGAUGGMGGYACUUAUUUGAAUGCUACAAAAACAGGGAAAAUAUGUCAAUUACCAGGCGAUGUAUACUCGAGCUCAAAUAAACUAUGGAUAUGGUUUUCGUCCGAUCAAAACAACGAGGAAAAUGGUUUCCUAGCGUACUACACUGCUGUACUUCCUGAACCAUCGAAAUGCGCCAUGGUGAAUACCGCUGACGAGAAUGAGAACAUCGAAUUACGAAGUUYGACAGGUUACUUGACCAGUCCCAACUUCCCUCAACCUUCUCCAACUAUCAAAUGUACAUGGUACAUAGUUGUACCCAGACUCUCACGAAUAGUCGUCAACUUCAAUGACCUUAAUGAUAAAUCUUGGUGCGAYGUGGCGUAUUUGGCAGUGCAUGAUGGGAAUUGUACUUGUAGUAAAGUUAUUGGAAAUUUCUGUGGCAAGGACGGGAAAUCAACUAUUGUUGUCUCAUCRAGUAAUGCUUUAACUGUGGUUUUCAGAAAACCUAUCAGUGAUCUGUUUAGAGGGUUUAAUUUGUCUUAUCACGUGCCGAAACUAGGUCCUGGUGUUUGCUCAGUUGCAAAUUCAGAGAAAAUUAAUAGCAAUCUAUACUURAAUGAAACCAGCGGACAAAUUACAAGUCCGGACUACCAUUACUCGUCUUUUCCUGGUACCGAGUGCACUUGGUACGCGGUGGCUGCACGUGGAUAUCACGUGUUUCUUACUAUCAUUGCAAUGAACAUGUCGUGUGGUUAUAACUAUCUAGAAGUGCGAGAUGGUGCAUCAACAAGCAGUCCUUUAAAAGGGAGAUAUUGCAACUUAAAAGGAGCUAAACGAUUCUAUUCCAGCAACCAAAAAUURRUGAUUCGAUACGUUUCUCCAAAACAUCCUGGCAAAUUCGUAGCAAACUAUCGGAUGAUUAAGGAUGGUAAUUGUUCAGAGGACUUCGAUGAGUUCUGGAAUACAAACCUUCAUGUCAGUAGUAUGUAUGGUGUUUUAUCAAGCCCUGGMUAUCCACGASCAUAUCCACSUAAUAUCAAAUGUACCUGGAAAAUCAUUCUACCUUCCGACUCUCGAGUGAGACUGACUUUAAGGCACUUGUCGUUCGGAGGAUCGUGCUCCUCUGAUUUCUUAGAAGUCAGGGAUGGUUUGACUUCAUCUGGUARAUUACUUGGAAAGUUUUGUAACAAUGAGGUUGGUAAGGAGCUUCGUUCAUCUGGAAGAUACAUGUUCGUACACUUUCAAUCUGGAAUUAAUUUCACGUCUCAUAAAGGAUUUGAUGCUGUCUUUUCCGCGAUUCUCACAGGCAAUACACCAUCGCAUUCUACAUUUGAAGCAGUUCUKAUAAUGGGUUUCAUCACCUUUGCUGGGUUCGUAGUGGUAUCAGUUUGUCUAAUGUGUAUUUACUGGUUAUGCAAGAAGCGAUGGGCCAGGGCACGUCAUAGGCGCCGCCACCCUCCCCCAGAACCUCACGAUCUUACAGUUUUAUCAUCAAUGCCUCAYCCUGCUUUAGAUGAUAUCCCAGACUGCCUCAUUGCAGAGGAUAGACCUCCUUCUUAUGAUGACGCUGUGCACAACGACGAACCACAGGAAGACCGACCACAAGAAUCAGGAMCACGUAAUGAGCAGCUGGAUAAUCCAGAUCCUGUAUCUACUGCACAACAAGAGGAAAGGGGUUUAGAUAACCCUGCUUUUACUGUUGAUCCGCCAUCAUAUGAAUCACUUUAUGGAACCGAAAGAACAUAGUAAUUAUAUUUAAUUUUAAUUUUUAAUAAGACAAUAAAAUGACAAGACGUUUUGUAGUUAAGAUUCUUUGGACCAUGUCCAUUGUCUUGAGUGCUUUUAGUCAAAGAGUGGGCUAAAUGGGCUUUAUUUGUCAUAAACAAAUAGCAAAAUUGGAAAUAUUAUAAAUAGUUAACGUUUUGUGCUCAAGAAGGGGGCUACAGCAUCCUAUUGAUUCUCUUUUGAUCCCUCCUUGCAGGUACAUCUUCCGAAAGAUCUUUAAAAAAAUUUUGUCAUUUUAUUUGCUAAAAUAUUAAACUAUUAGCCCAAUGAAAUUUUAAUAUUAGUAUAUAUUAUAAUUCUAAUUCAAGGAGUAUGAUUGGUUGAUCAAGUUUCUAUGUGAUCAAAGUUGUACUGACUCAGUACGAGAAUCGUUCAUUUUAAAAUAAGUUGUUACCUCGGCUACAAAUAUAGAAAACAUAUGGACAAUAUUAUAUGAAUGAAUUUCCAGGAAAUAAUGUUGUACAUAGUGGUAAUAUUCCAAUUGUGCGUAAAAUGUAAACUCAAUAACAAUAUCAAAAAACAAUGAUAGUAAAUUCAACAUACCAAACGCAAAAAA